AAACCAAUCGACCUUAAACCCCUCCUCCUCCUAUCCCUUCUCUCUCUUCUUGAAGAGCCAUGGAACCCAGUUCAACAAGAAGAAGAAGACCCACUUGAAACCAUAAAGCUCUUUCCAAAAAACCCAGUUGCUUUUCUGCAGAACUAUGCGUCUUCUUCUUCUUCUUCAUCGACCUCUUCAUAAGCUUUCAGCCUUAUCCUCAAGCACUGCUCUUCUUAUGGGUUCCAAGCAGCUACUAAAGUCCACACCUUUCACAAACCCAUCUCCUCCUUCUUCACAAACACACCCCUUUCACUCUCACAGACUCGUUUUCUCUGCAUUUCCGCCUAAACCCAGGUCCAAAGCUCGGCCCUUUUGCCUCAGGACUAAUGGGUACUCUUAUGUCUCACAUGCCAAUGUCAAAACCCCAAAACUAGCUGAUUUGGAGAUAACAGAUGAGCAGAGAUAUGAGGCUUUGACGAAAAAGUUGAAGGAGAUUGGCAUUGAUGAUGAAAUAUGCGAACCAGCGCAGUAUGGCCACUUAAUUUGUCCAAUGUGCAAAGGUGGCGAUUCAGAGGAAAAGAGCUUAUCCAUUUUUAUUGAAAAAGAUUGGAGUUAUGCUACUUGGCAGUGCCAUCGCCGAAAAUGUGAUUGGAAAGGUAGAACAAUGGCAUUUGCAGGAAGCAAGUCUUCUUAUAAAAAAUCAAAGAAUAGCACGACAGAUAAGACAAAAAGGGAAAUCGCAGUGGAAAGUUUAGGACUGGAACCACUUUGUGAGGAGGUUCUUGCAUUUUUUUCGGAGCGAGGAAUAUCAAGGGAAACAGUACAGAGGAAUAAAGUAAUGCAAAAGCGUUGUUCCAUAACAGAUCAGAUUUCUAUUGCAUUUACUUAUUGGAGGAAUGGAAAGCUGAUUAGUUGCAAGUAUCGGGACAUCAACAAGAAGUUCUGGCAGGAGAAGGAUACUGAAAGGAUUUUUUACGGGCUGGAUGAUAUAAAGGAUACAAAUGAUAUCAUCAUUGUAGAAGGCGAGAUGGAUAAGCUUGCAAUGGAAGAAGCUGGCUAUCGUAAUUGCGUGAGUGUGCCUGAUGGUGCUCCUCCCAAGGCUUCUCCUCCCGAUAAGGAUGUGCCACCUGAAGAGCAGGAUACAAAGUAUCAAUUUCUGUGGAACUGCAAAGAGUACUUAAAGAAGGAAUCACGCAUUAUACUUGCCACUGAUGGAGAUGGGCCUGGUCAAGCCCUAGCUGAAGAACUUGCCCGCCGCCUUGGAAGAGAAAGAUGCUGGCGAGUCAGCUGGCCAAAGAAAAAUGAUCAGGUUGAACACUUCAAAGAUGCAAACGAGGUUCUCAUGUAUUUGGGACCUGCUGUAUUGAAGGAAGUAAUUGAGAAUGCUGAAUUAUAUCCGAUACGUGGAUUGUUCAGAUUUCAAGAUUACUUUGAUGAAAUUAAUGCAUAUUACCAUCGGACAUAUAAACAUGAUUGCGGUGUCAAAACUGGGUGGAGAGAUCUGGAUGAUUUAUACAAUGUUGUCCCGGGUGAGUUGACUAUAGUAACAGGAGUUCCUAAUUCAGGCAAGAGUGAGUGGAUUGAUGCUCUCUUGUGCAAUCUCUAUGAAGGAUAUGGUUGGAAAUUUGCACUUUGUUCCAUGGAAAACAAGGUUAGGGAGCAUGCACGAAAGCUGCUGGAGAAACACAUACAGAAGCCUUUCUUUGAUGGACGCUAUGGUGGUCCUGCUGAACGAAUGAGUGUUGAAGAAUUUGAGCGUGGGAAACAAUGGUUAAAUGACACAUUUCACCUCAUAAGGUGUGAGGAUGAUUCCCUUCCAAAUAUCAAAUGGGUUCUUGAUCUUGCACGAGCAGCAGUACUUAGGCAUGGGGUGCGUGGACUUGUAAUUGAUCCUUACAACGAGCUUGAUCAUCAACGUCCACCAAACCAGACAGAAACAGAGUAUGUAAGUCAGAUGCUUACCAAUGUCAAACGGUUUGCUCAGCAUCAUGCUUGUCAUGUUUGGUUUGUAGCACAUCCCAGACAGUUGCACCAUUGGGUAGGGGGUCCUCCUAAUCUUUAUGAUAUAAGUGGAAGUGCACAUUUCAUAAACAAAUGUGACAAUGGAAUUGUAAUUCAUCGUAAUCGGGAUCCAGAGGCUGGGGCCCUUGAUCAAGUACAGGUCUGUGUUCGUAAGGUACGGAAUAAAGUCGCAGGAACCAUAGGUGACGCCUAUUUGUCAUAUGAUAGGGCAACUGGUCGAUACGUGGAUAUUCCGAAACCAAAUGGGGGGAAAUAGCUUAUUCCGAAACCAAUGAGGGGAAAUAGCAAAUUACGUGAUCAAUGCUUGUACAGUGGGAAUAUUCUAGCAUCUGGGGUGUCUGGUGAGCUUACUUAUGCCCUAUGGUAAGCUCAUCUUCAUUUGAUGAAACACCAUGAGGGUGACAACAACCGAACAACAGCUUUGGCCAUGAUUAACGGUAGAUGAUUGAGCGGGGGGUUACCUUGAAAUUUUGUAUAUUAGUUUCUUCCCAACUAUGGGAGAUGUGAGUUUUACUGAUUUAUUAGGUGGUACUCAAACAAUGUAAUAGGAUCAAACUAUUAUUGCACCAGGCUCUCUCAAUUUGUAUUAAACUCUCAAUCAAUGGGGAUUUCACCUUUGCUGUGUAGUUGGUGGACACAGCAUAAUUGGAGGUGGGUAUACAAAAACGGCUAGAUUGACGA